AUGUUGCGUCAAAAGCACUACGUCGUGAUCGGUGCCGGCGUCUCCGGCCUGACUACCGCCUUCGAGCUAAAGCGCCGUGAGCGUUCGGCACAAGUAACAAUCUUGGCGAAGCAACUACCUGGUGACACCGAUCACACCUACUGUUCGGCUUGGGCGGGGGCGAAUUGGGUCUCAAGUGCUACUGAUAACGGCGCGCAGGAGGACUGGGACCGGGCAACUUAUCUCGAACUUGAGAAGCUGUCCCGCACACGGCCAGAAACGGGGGUCCGGAAGAUGACGCUGCGAUCAGUCUAUGAUGAAGAGAUUGACAAAGUUGGUAUUCUGAGCAAACGUACUGGGAAGAUCUGGUAUGAAGACCUUGCGGGUCUUCGCUAUUUGAAGCCCGAUGAGCUUCCAGAAGGCGCCAAAUUUGGUUAUGACAUAUCUACAUUCAUCAUCGACGCAUCGCGGUAUCUUCUUUGGCUCCAUGGCGAGGUGAAACAGUUGGGAGUCAAUAUCCAACAGAUUGUGGUCGAUAACAUCAGCGACAUUCCGCAAACAAUCCCAGACGUCUCUGCAGUGUUCAACUGCACUGGUCUCGGGGCCUUUUCUCUAGGAGGAGUCCAAGACAAAGCUGUGUAUCCCUCAAAGGGCCAAAUUCUGGUAGUGGAAGCUCCCCCUGGAGGCAUUACCAGAAUGGCUUUCAGAUCCCAGCAUAGACUUGGGUCCUACAAUACGCAUGUUUUUCCUCGGGGAGAGAAUGCUGCAAUUCUGGGUGGUUGCAAGUUGAAUGAUGAUUGGAGCGGAACCUUCGAUCCAGAGAUCGGCGAGCAGAUCAAGCGUCGAUGCUGCGCACUGGUACCUGAACUCGGGAAGCCAGAAGACCUGAAGAUUCUGAAACAGGGGGUGGGACUUCGACCUUGUAGAAAAGGAGGUCCUCGGGUAGGAAGAGAGGAAAAGGACGGCAUGACUAUCAUCCAUAAUUAUGGAGCAGCAGGUGCAGGGUACCAGGCAUCUUGGGGCAUGGCCAGGGCGGCAGUAGAUCUCCUGGGGCGGGCAGCGAAGCUAUAA